AUGGGACUUGAUACAUUCUCGAACGUUUCGCCGCUGAUGAUGCCGACUACGAUGCCGACCGAAGAUUUAGGAGACACUGCAGUUGUGGUUACUGAUCCUCUUCGGCUAACCGUCUCAGCAAUCCUUAUGCUUGGUCGUCCAUUUGGCGUCGACCUUAUAGUGCCUGGCACUGGGAUCCAUAUGAACGCUGGACUUACACUAUUCGGUAGUGGCCGUGGCGGGGGAAAGCCUGUUGGGCGCCCACUUGUGCCGCUCGGACCUGUCUAUGCAACAAUUUCGCGGUUGAAAUGCGGAAUCCGGCUUGGCGCUGCCUCAAGUGGCGGGCUCUGGGGCUUAUUAGAUCUAGUUCAG